AUGGUUUCUCCUCAGAUUACCAACCUGGCCAUCAUCCUGGUGAUGAUGCAGCUGGCCAAGAAGAUUCCCUUUGAGGACCCUCAGGUUCUUCUGCUGGUCCGCGGUCUGUACAUCCUGUCCAACGUGAUCAUUGCAGGUAUCUACCUGUAUACGCAGGCUAAGAUUAGCCAGAAGAAGGAUAUGACGACCCUCAAGUACGUCGAGCCCGCCCCUCUGGGUACAGGUGAGGAGGCCAAGCCCGUCACCACCACCAACAUGGACUAUGACAAAGGUCAGCUGCGCCAGCUGUUCCGUAGCCAGAUGAUGGGUGUUGGCAUGAUGGCUUUCAUGCAUCUGUACAUGAAGUACACCAAUCCUCUGCUCAUCCAGUCCAUCCUCCCUCUGAAGGGUGCCUUCGAAUCCAACCUGGUCAAGAUCCACGUGUUCGGCCAGCCCGCCACUGGCGAACUCGCGCGUCCCUUCAAGGCCUCUGGUGGCUUCAUGUCUCCGGGUCAGCCUAAGAGCGAUAAGGCUUCGAUCGAGGCCGCCGAGAAGAACUACCGUGGUGGUGUUAAGGAAGAGUAG